UAUUGUUCAGCUUUUUGCUCCCUAGCAUUUCAGCUCCAAUGAAGCUAUACUAUCUCUUUUGUAGUCUGAGUUAAUUUUUCAUCUUUUAGUGAGAUGGUUUUUAGUAUGAAUAAUAAUUUUGAGUAGGCCAAGUUGAAACGAUGAACAUUUCAAAACAAAGCGUUCUGGAUGAAAAUUUUAAUGGGUUAAUGGGUUAAGAGUCCAAUUUAUAUUUCUUCAGUCAAGGCGAUGGUUUUGGUUUUAGUUCUCCAUUCUACGCUACUGAUGAUGACCUUGAACUGGUAGUGUCCCCAACAAAGAUUAUGAUUCGUAAAGCUUAAUUUUUUAUUUUUUAAAAAAGUAAAAAAUAAAAUAAAGUAAAAGACAGCCAACGCCACACGUGUAUAAGAGAUUCUCGUUUCAAUCCUGUAACUCGUUGGCGUUCUGGUUCUAACAAGUAGUAAGUAGUAAACAAUAAACGGCCCAGGUUUUUACCCUUCAGUUGUUGAAAACUGGAUUCAUUCAUUCAUGGGGUGCUCUGCUCUCAGCCAUGAAUAUACUUCUACUUAAAUCAGUUGUUCAAAGGAAGUCCUUUCUCUUCUUUCUUUCUCAAUCUAGUCCUCUCUCUUCUUACAGACUAAAAAUGAAUCCUCUAAGCAAGAAACUAAACAAGGCAUUGCCAUUGAGAAUCAGGGACAUCAUAUCCUCCAAACCAACUCCUUCCACUUCCCGCCACAACCAUCUUCGUCUCAUCCAAGAUUUUUUACAAACAGAUUCUGAUCAAUUUGCUGCCCAACAUUUCUUCAAUGAUUUUGCUUAUUCAGAUUCACCAACAGAAAAUCUCCCAAUUUUCUUCAAUGAAUUUCUAGAGUCUCCUGUUAUAAACAAAGAAAAUUCAAAAUUUAAUCCAGUUGUCCUGUCGAAUGCUAUAAGUUCAUGUGGGUCAAAACAUAACCUUUGUGGUGGAAUUCAGUAUCAUUGCUUAGCAAUAAAAACUGGGUUUUUCCCAAACGUUUAUGUGGGAAGUUCUUUGGUUACUCUCUAUGGGAAAUGCGCCAAGUUGGAAAAGGCUUAUAAAGUGUUUGAAGAAAUGCCUGUUAAAAAUGUAGUUUCUUGGACUACUAUCAUUGCUGGAUUCGCACAAGGAUGGCAGAUUGAUAUGUGUUUGGAGCUAUAUAAUAUGAUGAAGAAUUUGACUUUAAAGCCAAAUGAUUUCACAUUGACAAGUCUUUUGACAGCUUGUACUGGUAGUGGAGCUUUGGGGCAAGGGAGAAGUGCUCAUUGUCAAGUUAUUCAAAUGGGUUUCGAUUCGUAUAGUUAUAUUUGUAAUGCUCUUGUUUCUAUGUAUUGUAAAUGUGGGAGUGUUGAGGAUGCAUUAUUUAUAUUUGAUAAGAUGGGUGGUAAUAAAGAUAUUGUAUCUUGGAAUUCAAUGAUCGCAGGGUAUGCUCAACAUGGCCUUGCAAUGGAGGCUUUAGAUCUUUUUGAAAAGAUGAAGGAGGAGAAGAUAAAACCUGAUGCUAUUACUUUUCUUGGAGUGCUCUCAUCGUGCCGUCACGCGGGUCUUGUUGCACAAGGCCGUGUUUGUUUUGAUUCAAUGGUUGCGCAUGGUGUUGAGCCGGCGCUGGAUCAUUAUUCAUGUGUUGUUGAUCUUCUUGGCCGCGCUGGAUUACUAGAGGAGGCUCGAGAUUUUAUUUUAAAGAUGCCGAUUUGUCCCAAUGCUGUUAUAUGGGGUUCUUUGCUUUCUUCUUGCAGGCUUCAUGGGAGCAUUUGGAUUGGGAUAGAGGCUGCCGAGGGCAGGCUAUUGUUAGAACCUGGGUGUGCUGCUACCCAUGUUCAGUUGGCCAAUUUAUAUGCAAGUGCAAAGCGGUGGGAUCAGGCAGCUAGAGUACGUAAACAGAUGAAAGAUAAAGGACUCAAAACCAAUCCUGGGUACAGCUGGAUUGAGGUUAAGAACGAACUUUAUAGGUUCAGAGCAGAAGACAAAUCAAAUACUAAGGUGUCUGAAAUUCUUGGUGUUUUGAGUUGCUUGGUAUACCAUAUGAGAAUGUUAGGUUAUGUGCCAGAAAUGCACGAGGAAGAUGUUGAUGAUGCUUUCUGUUCAACAAUUUAAGUUCUGUACCGGAAUCAGGAUGUGGUUAUAAGCAUCAUUCAAUUCUGGUUUUCUGGCUUUUCACUACUUUAGAAAUGUCUUAUUUUGUUGCCAGAGGAUUAUGCAAUAUGAUGCAAAGGGUCAUGAACUCAUGAUUGUCUUUUCAGUGUACAGGGCUCAGAUGAGGAUACUUGGUCAAGCCUUUUCGAGACGUAUGAAACAUUGAAUCAUCGUUGCGGAUAUAAUUGCAUGGUGAAUGGAUCAAGGAUGGAUAUGAUGAUAUUCGUGAUCUGGCUUGCUGCAGUUAUAAUCAAUUUCUGGAAUCUUAGCAAUACGAUUGGUGAAAAUUUCACUUGAAGCUUAGGGCAGGAGAAAGAUAAACAGCCUAGGUGAUAAAAUCAACAACUUGAAGAAACCUUGAAUAUCAUCAGAGUUUUGGUUUCUCUGAUCCAUAGCAAGUUUUAACAUCCUCCAAGUCUAAUAACAGUCAUUGUUGGAGGGCCAUUUCCGGAUAUUUGCUAAUUGGUUUCCGGCCUUCUGCAAGUCAAGUUGGUCAAAACGUAAACAGUUUUUAGUUUUGAUUUGCAUGUAUCUGAUCAUCUGAGAUUGAGUUCAGUGGUGUGAGGGGGGGGCAUCCAAUUGAAUUUUUUUGGUCAGAAGAAAACACCUAGUAUACGUUUUAACCUUACUGUAGAUUGAGAUAUCGUGUAGGAAAUUGUAUUUGCUCAAAUUGUAGUCCGAUCAGAAUUUUCAAUGUUGGACGAGAUUGUUGUCAAAUGAGAUAUAAAAACAUCAACAUUUCUGCUGAAGUAUACAUCCAGUUGUGAAAUUAAAAAAAAAAAAAAAUCACUGGCAGCCAGUAUAAUGAUUAAUCCGGCUAAAUGCAGGUCCUAACUUCCAAUCUUCCUCCCAAAUUACUAUCAGCCUAAGAAUCAAUUUUGCUAGUAGAAUAUAAAUAUAAAUAGCAAUUAUGAUACGAUGAUUUGAUAUCAAUACAAUAAAGAACUAUAGUAAGAACCACCAAAACAAAACAAGCUGCAAUAUUUCAUUAUUUCCUACCAAUAUGAUUUCAAUAAUCAAAUUGUCAAAGUCUAGCACCAUAGAACUUAUGUGCUCAAAAAUAUAGAUAGCACUCACUUAUGCGCUCAAAUAUAUAAAUAGCUCCAUCGUGUCUCAUGAUUACCAAACAGG